AUGGAAGCGAUUGGAAGCGACUCUUCGGAUCUCGGAGUCUGUGAUGACAUGAGUGGAGACAAUGCGGUCACCAAUGGAUCAAAUGACAGCACCAGUAGUCUGGAUAUGACUCAACGGUUUAUGACAUCACUAGUGAUUUCACAGACGACCCCUUCCUCUGAGUCUUCACUUGAAUAUAGCAAAGACUCUUUCGAUCGAUUCGGUGAUGAUUUGUGUCAACUGUUGUUGAGUUAUCUGCCAUUUGAAGAGCACUUCCGAAGGGAAUGUCUGUCCAAACAGUUCCAGAGAUGUCUUCACAUAUCUAUCAAAGUCCUCACUAUCACUGACACACUGUUUGCCAAAAUGAGCGCAAAGUCUGGAUCCUUUGGAAGCGAUGUAUUGACUGAUAUUCUCAAGAAGUGUCCCAACAUUCAGACCAUUGAUUGCUACCAUAUAUUACGCUACAAGUCAGAUCAUGUUAGACCACUGUUGGAGACCAUCGAUGGUCUGUCCGAUGAUUACUGUCGACGUCUCACACGAAUUGAUGUCUAUUUUGCUUUUAUCGAUGAUUCGGUCAUUAAUUGGGUUCAAAGGUUUGCGCCAAAACUUCAGACCCUCGGAGUCCGACACGAAAACCCACAAUACCUCGAGUAUUGCCAUCAUUUGCGUCACCUUCGGGUUCAGACAUUGACUGAUGUCUUCACUCCAGACAAUCGACUAAUGGCUAAGAAUUUGAUGUCAUUUCAGUUCACAAUAACGAAUGACUUUUCCAACGAAAUGUUCGCCACUUUUGUGGCCAAUAAUAAGUCAUUGAAAUGUCUUUAUGUGUUAACUUGGGUCACACUAUCGAUGGGAACUGUCAUUGGAUUUAUGGCACAAAUCGCGAGAUUACCACAACUCCGGGAACUGACACUUGGUUUGGGUUACGCCGAACCCUCCGCCCAGUACUCUCUGUACGACUCGUUGCGCACAAUCGGCACUAAUUGUCGGCAUUUGACACGAUUUUCACUGAAAUUUGCGUCCAAAUCAUGGAAACUGAACAUGAUGCCGCCCCAGGAAAACGGCUUAAUCCAGAUGAUCGAGUCCAGGAAGACCUCCAGUCCCCUCCAGUUUGACUGCGGCGAGUGCCACCAUAGGCAGCACCUACACCACGGGCCACCACCGCCAGCCCCCCACUACCGGCAUUCGCCGCACUCUUAG